UGCUUCCUCCCUCUCCAUCCGUCGUCCCCUCUCUCUCUCUCUCCCCACCGUUCUUCUCUCUCUCUUAUUCCCCUCCCUGAGCGCGAGCGCAGACCCGCCAGAGGAGGAGGAAGAGGAGAGAGAGCGCGCGCGGGAGCCCUAGCCCUUCCCCAGCGCCGCGCGCGUCGCUAGGGUUAGGGUCUCCCUCCCCGCCUUCCGCCAUCCAUCUCCGUCGUCUCACGAUCCACCCGCCGGUGUGCGGGGGCGCCCUGCGGCGUGUGCGCUUCCGGCCUCGGCGGCGCGGCGCGAGCAAAUGCUGUGUGACUGACCGUUGAUUUCACGAGGGCGGGGUUCGUGUUGUUGUUGCCGCCUGUGGAGGGGCAGAGGCGCGGUCUUGUUCCGGAUAUUUGGUGCUAGAUCCGGUGACCGGCGAGAUGCAGCAGGAUCAGCGCAAGAAGAGUUCGGCGGAGGCAGAGUUUUUCACGGAGUAUGGCGACGCAAGUCGGUACAAGAUUCAGGAAAUCGUUGGCAAGGGCAGCUACGGUGUGGUGUGCUCAGCAAUAGAUGUCCACACUGGUGAGAAAGUGGCAAUAAAAAAGAUACAUGAUAUCUUUGAGCACAUAUCUGAUGCUGCACGGAUUCUCCGUGAGAUUAAGCUUCUGAGGCUCCUAAGGCAUCCUGACAUUGUUGAAAUAAAGCAUAUCAUGUUACCUCCAUCAAGAAGAGACUUCAAGGAUAUUUAUGUUGUCUUUGAGCUUAUGGAGUCUGAUCUCCACCAAGUUAUUAAGGCUAAUGAUGACUUAACGAAGGAACAUUACCAGUUCUUUCUUUACCAAUUACUCCGGGCUCUGAAGUACAUUCACACUGCUAAUGUUUAUCACCGGGACUUGAAGCCGAAGAAUAUAUUGGCGAAUUCCAACUGCAAACUGAAAAUUUGUGACUUUGGGUUGGCACGAGUUGCAUUCAACGAUACCCCAACAACAAUCUUUUGGACGGAUUAUGUUGCAACAAGAUGGUAUAGAGCUCCAGAGCUCUGUGGAUCCUUCUUUUCAAAGUAUACACCAGCAAUUGACGUCUGGAGUAUCGGAUGCAUUUUUGCGGAGGUUUUGACAGGAAAGCCUUUGUUUCCUGGUAAAAAUGUUGUACAUCAGUUAGAUUUGAUGACCGAUCUUCUGGGCACACCAUCCAUGGAUACAAUAUCUCGGGUCCGGAAUGAGAAAGCAAGGAGGUACCUGAGCAGCAUGAGAAAGAAAGAGCCAAUCCCAUUUUCGCAGAAGUUCCCUAAUGCGGAUCCUUUGGCCUUGGACCUUUUGCAAAGGCUUUUAGCAUUCGACCCAAAGGAUCGCCCAACCGCUGGAGAGGCAUUGUCUCAUCCAUACUUCAAAGGGCUUGCCAAGGUUGAGAGAGAACCAUCCUGCCAACCAAUCACAAAAAUGGAGUUUGAGUUUGAGCGUAGAAGAGCGACAAAGGAAGAUAUAAGGGAACUUAUAUUUCGCGAGAUCCUGGAAUACCAUCCUCAAUUGCUCAAAGAUUACAUCAAUGGCACUGAGAGGACAACCUUUCUAUACCCAAGUGCCGUCGAUCAAUUUAGGAAGCAGUUUGCUCAUCUCGAAGAAAAUAGUGAAAGCGGCCCUGUAGUUCCAAUGGAUAGAAAGCACACCUCUCUUCCUCGGUCUACUAUUGUUCACUCAGCUCCAAUUCAUGCCAAGGAACAACCCCGUAUUGGCCCAUCAAGGGAUAGACCUUUGACUGAUGAGUCAUAUAAAAACCCUCGAGACUCGGAAAAAUAUUCUGGCAAUGUCCCGAGGAGCUCACACCAUUCACAGGCUCCACAAAGAGUGCCAACAGCAAGACCAGGAAGGGUAGUUGGUCCGGUACUGCCUUAUGAAAAUGUUGGCACCAGUCAUCCGUAUGACCCACGAAGAGUGGCAAUGAACUCAGGAUAUCCUCCCCAACAGCAAAUCCCACAAACAUACGGUUAUUAUCAGACAACCGGAAAGUCAGCUUGCUCUGAGCCAUCCCAGGCUGAAAGGUAUACGCUGCACCAGCAGGCCUAUGCUUGCGCAAACAGUUCAACUGCGCCUGAUGUUGCCCUGGACAUGAGAGCACCCCCUUUCCAUCAAUCAGCAGGGCCAAAAAGUGGUUCUUCUGAUAGGUUAACAGCAGAAACGAACCUAUACACAAGAUCCCUUAAUGGCAUUGUUGCAACUACAUCCGGAGUGGCAGCAAGUGCUCACAGAAAGGUCAGCGUUGUUCCCUACGGCAUGUCACAGAUGUACUAGUGGCCAAUCACAAAUUUUACAACACAUCUGGCAUGUCACAGAUGUACUAGAGAAACAGGAGCGCUGCUGCUGGCUGGUGAGAAACAUUGAGAAACGAAGGGGCGGAUCAAGCUAUGGUGGAUGCCGCCGAAGUUGACAGCCCUCAGGCAGCCUGAGGUUCAUGAUAUUUGCAGUGGCUCAUCUUUCCUGUUUGAUCCAGAAACACGGCAAAACACAUCAGCCCCUUCGUGCUCUUUGGGCCACCAGUUUGUAUCUGCCUGUGUGCCCUUUAGCACUGGAAGGGGGUAGUCCAGUGGCUUGUAAUCUGAGCUAUUUAGGCGCCAAUUACUUUUCUACAGUGAGAAGGCAGAAGGGAAGGAAGGAACACUAACCCUUUUUCUUGUUGUAUAGAGAUGUUUGUCAUCAAUGUGCAACCUCAGAAAGAUAUAAACCUCAGAAACAUGUGAUUAAACA